AGACGGAAAUAUAUUUUUGAACCAUCUGAUGACUUCGAGUUGAAAGGAUUGAUUGACCAAAUGACCCGGACACGACAGAAUCACAGAGGAGCAGCUUACCAGGAUGAAAAACAUUGUUCAGAGUGAAAAUGGCUGUCCAGCAGAUGUCAUCAGAAUACUAGAUUCGCCAGCGAGAUUCCUUGGGCAUUUGAUGGAUAAGAUGUUAGUGACUCGCUACAAUCUGGCAUUUCUACAGAGUCUGCUGUGGCGUGUUGGCCUAAAAGACGUGUGCGAAGAUGUUGCAAGAUUCGCCAGGGUCAGUGAUGAUGAACCCAUUCACUUCUUCCUCGCUGACAGCCCAUUUCCAGACAAUGGAUAUGUUUUAUGCAAAUUCCACGUUCAAGGGAAUACCAACAAUUUCAAAGGGAUAACCAUUGAAAAAAUAUGCAACAUCGUGUCGAGGUAUUUGGGCGUGCCCCGGUCGCGUGUUGUUCCUGUAGGCAUACAACCCAGCAACAGUAUCCUCCUGACUGUGAUGGUUCCAGAUCAUGCACUGCAUCUUCUGAUGGAGCUUGGAGACUGCUCUUGGUUAGCUGAGCUUGGCGUUGACAGCAUCACAUAUGGCACAUCGACUGUUGGUGUGAAAGGAACAAGCAUUAUUUCAGCACAUUCUGACUCAACUCCUGAUACAAUGGGCCAACUUGCCACCUUGGAAUCUGAGCUGGAUAGAAAGCUGAGAGAGGACCAGCAGCUGAAACAAUGUCUGUAUGACGAACAGAUGACGAAUGAAACCCUACGUGACAUGUAUGACAGAAAGGAAAUUGAGGUCAACAAAUGCAAAGAAGACUUAGACGUGCAAAUGCGUGGAAACACAAGGCUAUUCUGCGCCUUGAUGGUCACCCUGAACGUAGUACACAUGCUACUGCAGAGACUUGUGCCACGUGUUGGAGGAAGCACAUGGGACAUCAGGGAGAGAAGCGCCCAAACACACUUUAAAUAUGUGGUGGAAAAAGCAAAGAGGGUGUGCAGGUCGGAUGUUUUGUAUGAAGUCAUCGAUGCGCAUGCCUUGUUGAAAGAGAUCAGCAACGCUCGUAUACUAAAUGCAUUCAGGAAGUCUUUCAAUGUUACGGUCCAAUGUCUACAGGCCAACCUCAAUGAGUGUCUGAUGUACAAGAUGGUUGGACGCUCCCUAGGUGUCGACACGGUGUGUCCUCCAGUUACUCCUCCUCAGCAAACUUUACAGUUGAAAGUGAAUGUUGCUCAAGAAAUUGCACUGGAACCCGAUCUAGAGGGAAUCCUACUUGAUCUGGGCCAGAAGCUGACUAAGAAACAAGUGGACAAGCUGUAUGAUCACCACAAGGUGGCGCCAGAACACAGAUCUGACGAAUUGAAGCGCAACAUCUUUGUACGUCUUGUUAUUGCAGAUUGCAAGAAAAACAUGUCUCUCACUGACCAAGAUGUGGAACGUGUCGUACACGAUGCAGUUCGAGUGUGUGGGAGAGAAGAGUUGUGGUCAGAUUUUUUCAGUCGUAACAAAAAGAGGCUCCGGAAACUGGCGGAACGCCAGAGACACACCACUGAUGUCCCCGGCCGACUUGAUAACAUAGAAAAGGUCCUAGAGAAACUUGUAGCUCAAAAUGCGUCUGGUCUGACUGGAUUUCCCCUUUACAAUCUCGAGGGAGGCAUCAAAAUGCCAUUUUUCCCUUCAAAGGAAGACGCUCCUUACUAUAAUUGUUAAGUUUCAUGAGGUAACUCAGGGGUUUAUUUUGGCAAGCCAAAGGCAUAACCAUGCACACAUAAUGAUUCCUCUGAUUACAUCAAUAUCACUAAUGAAAAGAGGCAGUACGGUUUGCACAUAAAAAGGGAACUGACACAUUUACUAUCGGAAUUUCGGGACAGACAACACAUUGUGUGCAUAAUUUGAUAACAUAUUUCUUCCUAUAGUCAGUUUGGCUCAAAAGCAGACCGAUAAGUUACGAAAAAACAGCUUGUUUUAAUUUCAGGACAUUGGUUGGUCUGGUGUUUUUAUUAUGAUCAGCGUUUCAUUGAGUAUUAUAUGUUUAUAAGUUUUCGAGUUAGAUUGCAAUUCAUCGGCCCGCUUUUGAGCCAAACGGACUCUAGCCGGUGAGGUCACAGAUAAAAGCUAACAUGCGAUUUUAUUUGGGCAUGUUUAGCAACAGAAGCAUAAUUUAUUAAUAAUUACUAUGAAUUUUAUGGAUUUUUUCAUUUUGUAAUGAUUGUGAUGAAAUAAAAUAACAAUUUAUA